AUGGAGGAAUUAAAUGAAGCUGAAGACAGCAUGCUGAUUUCCCCCUCGUCCAGCCAGAACCGCCAAGAGGCAUCGCCAAGUACGUACGGAUUAGAGGCUUCCGGAGCUAACUAUGACGUGCAUCGUCGUGCCAAGCCGUUCUUGAAGCGCGUUCACUCGCUUGAAAUUCCUGAUCUCGUGUACGAGGGUCGAGGCAGCUCUAGGGAUGAAGAAGACGCCCCAAAUGUCGCCAACACUAACCUGUUCGAGGCUGACAAUUUUGGCAACGACGGCUUCAGCCACGCUGAGCUUGACGAGCUGCUCGCGGGAUAUGACCUUCUCGAUACGCCUCUGACCAAUCCAGCGACGCUAAGCGCACCGCAGAAGAGAGUGUCGGGUUCUCCUGCUCAUGUGGCGUCGCUUCUCUUCAAGCCGCAGUCGAUCUGGGAGGAUAUUGCUGCCCGCCAGUUGCAGCUUCGACAGAGCGCGGAGGAAGAGAAUGCCAAGUUGCGAGGAUUGCUUGACCAGCAAAGACAACAGGCCCGUAACUUCCGACGCAUGAUCCGCCGACGUCGCGACGAAGAGCUACUUGGCGAGAUCCACCUGUCUAAGCGCCCGAAGAUCAGCAACAACGAAGAAAUUUUCGACGAACUAUUGCAAGAACUUGACGAGCUGUGCGCAAAUCUGGAUAGAGUGUUCGCGGAGAAGAACAUGGCGAGAGUUCCGUGUCCAGGUCGAGAGCGCCAAGUGUACCCCAACGCUGCGGAUAGGGAGGAAUUCGUUGAAUUCCUAGACAAGAACCGAGUUCCGUUCGACUUACAACGCGCAGAAAACGCCGUGUGGGCGUUCCUGCAGAGCUCGAGAGAGUUGAAGAAGCAGUCGGGCUGCGCCAGCAAGAGUUCUGUUGGUUUCACGUACUACGAAAACGGUUUAACCUCGUAUGUGUCAGAGCGACGUGUGACUCGGAAGUACGCUGAAGAAAACCGCACGGUAUUCAUCAGCCGAACUCUCGCAGAGCCUACGACCUGCACAUCCUGGUCGGUGGGGCUGCGCUUUAUUGAGACGAUGCAGGUCGUCGUGAGGCGCGGCGAUGCUAUGGCGUCGGGGCAGGAGACUACUAUCAUUGAGAGUCUCAUUUCCGUGUCAAGGUUGUAG